GUGCAACUCGAACUUGGUCGGGGCGCGGAUCCCGAGAGUAAGUGGUGGCGGUGGUGGCGGGCGCGCGAGGGAGAGCGCCCGGAGAGCUGGAAGGCCACGCCUCCUCCCGCCAACCCCCUCAGCCGUGCAGCUGGGGCCAGAGCUCAGAUUUGCUGUCUAGGAUUGAUUUGGAUGAACUCAUGAAGAAGGACGAGCCACCUCUUGAUUUUCCUACCACGCUGGAAGGAUUUGAAUAUGCUUUUAAUGAAAAGGGGCAGUUAAGACACAUAAAAACUGGGGAACCAUUUGUUUUUAACUACCGUGAAGACUUACACAGGUGGAACCAGAAAAGAUACGAAGCUCUGGGUGAGAUAAUCACAAAAUAUGUUUAUGAGCUCCUGGAAAAGGACUGCAAUUUGCAAAAAAUCUCUAUACCAGUAGAUGCCACUGAAAGUGAACCAAAGAGUUUUAUCUUUAUGAGUGAGGAUGCUUUGACAAAUCCACAGAAACUGAUGGUUUUAAUUCAUGGUAGUGGUGUUGUCAGGGCAGGUCAGUGGGCUAGAAGGCUAAUUAUUAAUGAAGAUCUGGACAGUGGCACACAGAUACCUUUUAUUAAGAGAGCUGUGGAUGAAGGGUAUGGAGUCAUAGUCCUGAACCCAAAUGAAAACUAUAUUGAAGUGGAAAAACCAAAAGCGCACAAGCAUUCAUCUUCUGAUGGCACAGAGGAGCCAGCAGAGAAGCGGGAAAGGAAAGAUAAAGUCUCUAAAGAAACAAAGAAGCGCCGUGAUUUCUAUGAGAAGUACCGUAACCCCCAAAAAGAAAAACAAAUGAUGCAGCUGUUCAUCAGGGAAAAUGGCUCUCCUGAAGAGCAUGCAGUCUACGUCUGGGACCAUUUCAUAGCCCAGUCUGCUGCUGAGAAUGUGUUUUUUGUUGCUCACAGCUAUGGGGGACUUGCUUUUGUUGAACUGAUGAUUCAACGAGAAGCAGACGUAAAAAGUAAGGUAACUGCUGUGGCAUUGACAGACUCUGUUCACAAUGUGUGGCAUCAAGAAGCUGGCAAAACCAUCCGAGAAUGGAUGAGAGAGAACUGCUGCAACUGGGUCUCCAGCUCAGAACCACUGGACACAUCAGUGGAGUCCAUGCUGCCUGACUGUCCCCGAGUCUCUGCAGGCACUGACCGCCACGAGCUAACUUCCUGGAAGAGCUUCCCGUCCAUCUUCAAGUUCUUCGCGGAAGCCUCGGAGGCCAGGAGCGGCUCCCAGAAGCCCGCCCUGACGCGGCGCUCCCACCGGAUCAAGCACGAGGAGCUGUGAGCUCGCCGCCGCCCGCCGCCCCGCAGCCUGGGGCCCCCUUGAGAUUGCUCUCUUCCAGCACAGGGUCGUCCUGUGUUCGUCUAAAUAGCGUUUUGCAUUAUUUCUAGAUGAGUGCAACUGUCAAAGCAAUAUGGACUCGGCGGCCGCAUUUUCUGCGGGCUGAGCCGGGGCUUCGCGCCGGGGUUGGCGGCCCGCGAGGCUGAGAGCGCCCCGAGCCCCACGGUCCCCCGCUUCCACCCGCCCGGCCGAGCCCGGGCGCUGCUACCCAAGAGGCGUCUGCGCGGUCCUACCGCCCGCUGCAGCGCGGCCACUGCUGCCCAUUUUUACUCCCCCUUAACUUAGCAAGCUUUUACUCUAGACUUCAAACUUUAACUAUAACCAGAUUUUUCCCUCGGGUCAUCUUGUGAGCACUCUCUUUUAUAGAAGGCCACACUCCCGGGUCCCAGAAAUGCCAACUUUAAAUUGAGAACAUGUCCGUCGUGAUGUAUUAUGUAGUUUGGGGAGUACAAAUUGUUCUCUCCCUGUAACGACCUAUUCCCAUUUCAAGACCAAAAGAAAAACUUUGCAUAAAAUGUUCAUAAAGUACUGAAUCCGAAUUAUUUUUUCUGAACAUACCUGCCGAGUUGAACAAGAGUUCAGGAAGAUGUUUAAAUAUUUUAGAUGUAGGUAAAAGGCCCUAUUUUCACUGAAAUUUCUAACUUUCUUGUAAGAACGGACCCUCCUGUUAACUAUGUAACAUAAGGAGUACAUUUAGAUGAUACACCAAAGGUUUGCUGUCUGUGUACAGCCACUGCGCAGCAUCAUCAGUGGUGGUUAGUAAUCCGUACUAAGUGUACAUGCACUUUUCAUGUAGUAAACCCUUUCAGGUACAAGAUUUGUUUUUCUUUUUACUGUCGACAAAAAAUAAAAGUUCAUGCCCUCGACCUUCUGAAAAACUAAGUAAGGUUAAACUGCUUCAGUUUCCAUCUACGCUAGGACAAGAGAAUCAUUCUCUCUUUUAGGUCCAGAUAUUUAGUGUUCCACUUCCUCUAAUAGAGUUUUUCCCUAUCAGCGGUUAGGUUCUCUGACCUAAGGGGAUCUGGCCAACACUGACAUACAGAAGAUAAAAUAAGUCGACAUUUUACUGACUUUCAAAUUAAAACAGAACAGUAGUUACUUGAAGGAUUUAAUUAGUGAAGAUUAUAUCCAGUGGGUGAG